CAGCGCGAGCGGCUCAGUUAGAGCGGAGUGCAGAGCGGGGCUGUGAGGCGCUGCUGCGCACGGGAUGCUGCUGGGGAAGCAGGGCUGGAGUUGUGUGAAUAAACACUAUGAGCUAAACUGUGGGAGAUUCUAAAAGAAGAGAGACCGGGGACAGCCCGUCAUAAGCGGAUAAGCGCUCUGAAAGAAUCCGGCAAUGAAUUAUGAAGAUGAGUCGAGGCCGCUGCUGGCGGAGAGUCAGGAGCAGGGAGAAGAGGAGGACAGGUCCGAACAGGACGCAUAUCUCGACAAAGUAAAAAAUGGGAAGUUGUACCUGGCCACCUUUGCGGCUGUUCUGGGUCCUCUCAGUUUUGGUUUCGUACUUGGCUACAGUUCUCCUGCCAUACCAGACCUACAGAGGAUCACCGACCAAAGACUGAAGCUCAGCACUGAGGAGGCUUCCUGGUUUGGGUCUGUGGUGACUAUUGGAGCAGGUCUUGGUGGUUUGCUGGGAGGAUGGAUUGUGGAAAAGAUUGGACGUAAGCUGAGCCUCAUGUUCUGUGCUCUGCCCUUCAUCUUUGGCUUCACCAUCAUCAUCGCUGCUCAAAACCACUGGAUGCUGUAUGCAGGAAGAGUGCUUACUGGUGUGGCCAGUGGAGUGACAUCUCUUGUUGUGCCGCUUUACAUCUCCGAAAUGGCUCAUGAGCGAGUGCGAGGAACAAUGGGCUCCUGUGUGCAGCUCAUGGUAGUGACAGGAAUCAUGGGAGCCUACAUCACUGGUCUCUUCCUGGACUGGCGCUGGCUGGCCAUCACCUGCUCCAUCCCCCCGACUGUGAUGCUGGUUUUUAUGUGCUUUAUGCCAGAGACCCCUCGCUAUCUCAUCUCUCAGGGGAAGAGGAGGGAGGCUGAGGAGGCGCUGCGCUUCCUCAGAGGACCCAACGCUCCAACAGAGUGGGAGUGUGACAAGAUAGAGGAGGCUGCUCGAGAUGAGGAAGCAAACUUCUGUUUGGCCGAUCUUAAAGACCCUGGAGUCUACAAGCCUUUGGGAGUAGGAAUCAUGAUGAUGCUGUUGCAGCAGUUAACUGGCAUCAAUGCCAUCAUGUUCUAUGCAGAGACUAUAUUUGAACAAGCACACUUCCAGAAUGGCAAUGUUGCCACAGUCAUUGUGGCUGCCACUCAGGUGGUCUUCACAGCAAUUGCAGCUGUAAUCAUGGAUCGAGCUGGAAGGAAGAUCCUUCUCAUAUUGUCAGGCAUUGCCAUGUGCCUGAGUGAAGCAGCUUUUGGAAUUUACUUCAAGCUGUCUGUGAAGGGCCAGACCAACUCAUCGCUGGUGAGCGCACUCAUGGGGGUCGGAGAUGGGAUCAGUGGAGCACCUCAGCCUGAUUUGUCCUGGCUUGCUCUUGCUAGCAUGGGCAUUUUUAUAGCAGGCUUUGCACUGGGCUGGGGCCCCACCCCAUGGCUGGUGAUGUCUGAGAUCUUUCCCACCAGAGUUCGCGGGUUAGGAAGUGCUGCUUGUGUCCUCACCAACUGGACCUUUGCCUUCAUUGUCACCAAAACCUUUCAGAAUCUUAUGGACCUCCUAACCAGUGCAGGAACAUUCUGGAUGUUCUCAGUCCUCUGUGCCCUCAAUGUCAUCUUCACCAUCUUCUUCGUUCCAGAGACUAAAGGCAAAACACUGGAGGAAAUUCAGGCCCAUUUUAAAGGAAGACAUUCUCGCUAAGCUACAGCUAAGAUUGUCAUCAUGCAAUGCCAAAGUCAGACAGAUGUGAAUGACCUCGUUGUUGAGUCAGCAUCUCAAGUCUCAAGAUCACUUUGAAGAACCGAUGACAAGACGGUUCCUUUUUUUAAGGAUUUCAUACAAGUAAUAUACAGAAAGUUUAAAAAUUAUGUUUUUUUUUGUUAUUAAGACUAGGCAUCUUUACUGAAAUCCUGUUUACACCUGUUCACUUCAGCCAUCUUGAGUAUAAGGAUUAUACAGAAUAAGUCACAUAAAGUGUAAUACAAGUGACAGCCACCCAAGACACAUUUAAAACCAAUACAGAUUUGAUCACUCAAACCACUUCAGGAGGUGAUCUAAAGCCCUAUCCGGAUUGGAUUAGUUUUUCAGGGGGACGUCUGUGAAAAAUAUUUCACCCUUCUACUCUAAGAGUGAUAAAACUCCUGCAUCUGGACUGCAAUUAAAAAAACAGGCGGACCAGUGAAUUUUUAUUUUUGGCUUUCUAGGUCACGUGACAUUGCGUUCAGUAGCUCCUCCGUUUCCACUCGCUGUUGUGUUUACGUGGACCUCUGUGGAAACAUGCGCCCAAAGUGUAUUUAUGGUAGAUGGCAGUGGACAAAUAGCUGUUUUAUUAAACGGGAGGUGCCGAAACUCGCAGAUGUAGAUCCGGACGAGCCUAAAAUUAUCUCAGGACCACGGAGUUCAGUGAAAUACAGUAAAUAAUUCAUCCUGUAAUUUUCUUAGAGGACAUCUGAGAAAUAUGCAUACAUGGUUGUUCUAGACGGGAAUAAAAUCACAGGACCCCCUGAAAAAUGAAUUCCCUCCGGAUAGGCCUUAAGACUCGUUUGGGACAUUUUAUAUCAGUGUAAACAUAUCCUCACAGCAAGACACAUUGGAUAACUGAAAACCACUCCCACUACAACAAACACCAGUCAUAAUUGCAGCACACAAUAAGCAGAUUUACAUAUUCCAUCCCUCACAGUAGCUAAUCAGAAACUCAUUUGACUCUCAAGUGUAAAUGCAUGUGAUUUUAAAAUCUAAUAAGAAAACAAUCCAGAUACGAGUCACAUGAAGUGACCAGGUGUAAAGUUUUAUGCUGUCAUAUUCACCGAGUCCUUUCUGAAUUUUAACAAAUAAUACAGUAUUAGUUUCUUAGUACUUUUACACUGCCUUGAAGAUUCUGUGCCAUAUGAGACUUACUGAACUUCUCUCUGUUUAAAUGAAGGUACUUGUUUGGACCGGCUUGGCUCAGACACUUUUACACACUGAACAACAUUAAUAACAAACAGAUUCUAUAAGCUAACCUGCAAUAUGCACUCAACCAAAAACCAAUGAAGAGCUUAUUAAACGUCAAAGGAGAAUGAACAAAUCACUGUAAUUAAACAUUUUGGAUAUAAAAGAAUUGACUUUUUUAUGUUU